AUGUAUUAGAAGCCUAAACUAAUAUUAUUAACUGGAGAUAACAAUAAAAUCAAACUUUAAACCCUUACAAUACUUCUUGCAAAGAAGAUUGCCACACAAUAAUCAUUAGCCAAUCGAGUAUUCAAUUUUCAAGGAGGGUCAAUUAAUUUGAAACUUUAAAAUAUAAUUGUGAGUGAAAUUUAUUGCAGUGGUCCAGGUGGAUUAAUAACCCUAGGUUAAGAUUUGAAGAAAACUAAUAUAUCUAUAAGUGCCUCUAAAUUUGAUAAUCUCCAAGCUGAAACUGGGAAACUACGAUUAAAGUUGGUUGCCAUCUCAAAAUGUUGA